GUCCACCUCCCACACCCACGCACGGAACCAAGCCUAUCAGCCCACCCCACCCCACCCCACCCCACCCCACCGACCGACUCGCUCCCCCCUCCCACCUCCCAGAAAAUCCCCAACACAAGCGGCGAGCGACGACCAUGGAGCCCGUCGGCGGCGGCGGGGGCGGGGGCGCGUCCUCGGCGGCGGAGCGGUACCGCGCGGAGGCGGCGCGGGCGUUCCAGCACUACCUGGACCGGGCGGCGCCGCACACGGCGGGGCGGUGGGCGGGCACGCUGCUGGCCGCCGCCGUCUACGCGCUGCGGGUCUACUACGUCCAGGGCUUCUACGUCGUCUCCUACGGCCUCGGCAUCUACCUCCUCAACCUCCUCAUCGGCUUCCUCUCCCCCAUGGUCGACCCGGAGCUCGAGGCGCUCGACCAGGCCGGACCCGCGCUCCCCACCCGCGGCAACGACGAGUUCAAGCCCUUCAUCCGCCGCCUCCCCGAGUUCAAGUUCUGGUAUGCCAUCACAAAAGCCUUCUGUGUUGCUUUUGUCAUGACAUUCUUCUCGGUAUUUGAUGUUCCCGUCUUCUGGCCAAUACUACUCUGCUAUUGGAUUGUGCUCUUUGUCCUGACAAUGAAGCGGCAGAUUUUACAUAUGGUCAAAUACAAGUAUGUCCCAUUCAGCAUGGGGAAGCAGAAGUACGGAGGAAAGAAAGGCCCAUCAUCCAGUGGAUCCAAAGACUGAGUCGCGAUAUGCCAAAUCCCUGUGUCACUCUUCUGCAAGGCGACAGAUAAUCAGAUGAUCGUGCUGGCAUGGUGGUUUUAUGAGUACAACCUACUGACAGUGAAUGUACAAACUAGUAACUUUUUCAUUGGUUGGUGAUACCUUGUUCUGCGUAGUAGAUCAGUAGUAGCUUCCGUACGCUGAUCAUUUGGCACGUGUUCUGUUGUAGUAUUGUGAGAGUGUGCAAUGCAAAUCAAAACCAUUGGGACUCA